CAAAAGCAGCUUUAGAAGAAGCGAAUCGCAGUGGAACUGUAUGGUAUAUGGUUGUGGUAAUCUUGGUGUCUGGGAUUAUCAUUGGAAUUCUUCUUUCCUAUAUUGUCUUUUGUUCUCGUCGUAAAUUUAGAAGUAGGAAACCUCAGUCAAAUCCUGAAACAAAGGCAACUGAAGUUGAUAUACAACUUACCAAGAGCUUGAUCUUUCAAAAAUGA